CUCUCACAUAUUCACUACACCGUAAGUUCUUUCUUUCAAUUGUUUGGAAAGUCUUUUCCCUUCCUUUUAUCAUCAUCUUCCUCCUACCAUCGUACAUCUCUCUCUCGUCUCCGCAAAUCAAUUUUUUUUUCUUUUUCUUCUCUUCUCAUCUCAGUUCUCCCACACCGCCGUGUCCGCUGUUUUUUUCUGGAUCUGACCCGUAUCCCGUGUCGGAAUCCCUGUCGGAUCGUGUCGGGUACUGCAUCCCAAAUUGCUGAGUUCGGGAAACGAAGGAUAUAUCAUUCAUCUCAACCUUAUUGUAUAAAUUAACUAUGAGUUUGGACGUUGGUGCUAGAGAGAAGCAAGGAAAUCCUAAAGUUGAUGAUGGAUUCAAGGUUCCAAAAGAAAAAAUCACCUGCAUUGCGGCAUCUGUUGAUGUGGAUGAGGGGUUUGAAUCUUCUGGAGUUGAAGAAACUAGGAGUACUGUUACAAAUGGCAGCCGAAGCCACACUAACAGACGCUAUCGUGAUAAGACAGCUAGCAUAACAACUAAUUCUGAAAGUGGAGUUACUCUAGACAGAGGAGGAAGUGAUGAUACAUUUGGUACUCCUCGCUCAAGAGAACAUAGGAGUUCGGAUGUUCCAGCUUCACCUAGUCGGAGUUCCCGCACUGUCUCUUCUAGGAGUUUAAGGUAUGAGAGAGAAGAUCAUGGUGUGGAGAGAAGACUUUCCAGUGAUGAUUCUAGAAAUGAGCACAGGAAUGCAAGAAAAAGACACUAUUAUGAUGAUAGAAGGGACACCCAUGGCCGAUAUGGUGAAGAUUAUAGAAGAAGCCGAAAUAGAUAUGAAAGUAGGACACCUGGCAGAUCUGAUUGGGAUGAUGGGAGAUGGGAAUGGCAAGAUACCCCAAACCGGGAUAGUUACUCUGGUAGUAGCAGGCGCCAUCAACCUUCUCCAGCUCCAAUGUUUCUUGGGGCUUCACCUGAUGCUAGAUUAGUUUCUCCAUGGAUGGGAGACCGAACUCCUCGUUCAACUGUUAGUGCUUCUCCUUGGGACUAUGCGUCUCCUUCUCCAGUUCCAAUACGAGCCUCUGGGGCAUCUGUAAAAUCUUCAAGCUCUAGAUAUGGUCGGACAUCACAUCAGCUUAGCUUUUCAAGUGAAAGUUCUCAGUCAUUUGAGGAUGAAGCGGAUAAGAACAGUUUGGCAGAAGAACACAAUUAUGAGAUUACAGAAAGUAUGCGCUUGGAGAUGGAGUAUAAUUCAGACCGUGCAUGGUAUGAUAGAGAAGAAGGAAACACCAUGUUUGAUGCCGAUAGUUCGUCACUUUUUCUUGGGGAUGAAGCUUCAUUCCAAAAGAAAGAAGCAGAGUUGGCCAAAAGAUUGGUUCGACGAGAUGGCACUAAGAUGUCACUUGCUCAGAGCAAAAAGUUGUCUCAGCUUACUGCUGAUAAUGCUCAGUGGGAAGACCGACAGCUUUUAAGAUCUGGAGCUGUUAGAGGUACUGAGGUGCAAACCGAGUUUGAUGAUGAGGAUGAACGCAAGGUGAUUCUUCUAGUACAUGAUACAAAACCUCCAUUCUUGGAUGGCAGAAUUGUGUUCACAAAACAAGCAGAGCCAGUUAUGCCUAUAAAAGAUCCGACAUCAGAUAUGGCCAUAAUUUCACGAAAAGGAUCUAAUUUGGUUAAGGAAAUUCAUGAGAAGCAAAGCAUGAGUAAGUCUCGCCAACGGUUUUGGGAGCUUGCAGGUUCUAAGCUUGGUGAUAUCCUUGGAGUUGAGAAAACAGCAGAACAGAUUGAUGCUGACACUGCCGAAGUAGGUGAACAUGGUGAAAUUGAUUUCAAAGAAGAUGCUAAAUUUGCACAACAUUUGAAGAAGGGGGAGGCUGUAAGUGAAUUUGCAAUGUCCAAAAGCAUAGCUGAGCAGCGUCAAUACUUGCCAAUAUAUUCUGUGCGGGAUGAGUUGCUGCAGGUGAUUAGAGAAAAUCAGGUAGUAGUUGUUGUGGGUGAAACUGGGUCUGGUAAAACAACUCAACUUACACAGUAUCUUCAUGAAGAUGGGUACACUAUAAAUGGUGUAGUUGGUUGUACCCAGCCUAGGCGUGUGGCUGCCAUGAGUGUAGCAAAAAGAGUUAGUGAAGAGAUGGAGACAGAGCUCGGUGAUAAAGUUGGCUAUGCCAUACGUUUUGAAGAUGUGACUGGGCCAAACACCAUAAUUAAGUAUAUGACUGAUGGUGUCCUCCUUCGUGAAACAUUAAAAGAUGCUGAUCUUGACAAGUAUCGUGUCAUCGUGAUGGAUGAGGCACAUGAGAGAUCACUAAACACUGAUGUGCUAUUUGGAAUAUUGAAAAAGGUGGUUGCUCAACGCCGUGAUUUCAAGCUUAUCGUGACAUCUGCAACUCUCAAUGCACAGAAAUUUUCAAAUUUCUUUGGAAGUGUACCGAUUUUCCACAUUCCUGGUAGAACAUUUCCGGUCAAUAUUCUCUAUAGUAAGACUCCUUGUGAGGAUUACGUUGAAGCUGCAGUGAAACAGGCCAUGACUAUUCAUAUCACCAGCUCUCCAGGUGACAUCCUCAUCUUCAUGACUGGCCAAGAUGAGAUUGAGGCUGCUUGUUAUGCCCUUGCAGAACGAAUAGAACAACUCAUCUCCUCCACCAGGAAAGGUGUUCCUAAACUACUCAUACUUCCAAUAUACUCCCAGUUGCCUGCUGAUUUGCAGGCAAAGAUAUUCCAGAAGGCUGAAGAUGGAGCUCGCAAAUGCAUUGUUGCCACUAACAUAGCCGAGACAUCCUUGACUGUAGAUGGAAUUUUUUACGUUAUUGAUACUGGUUUUGGUAAAAUGAAAGUCUAUAACCCUAAGAUGGGUAUGGAUGCUCUUCAAGUUUUCCCUGUUAGUCGUGCUGCUGCUGACCAGCGCGCAGGUCGUGCUGGUAGAACUGGGCCAGGCACAUGUUAUAGGUUGUAUACAGAGAGUGCAUACUUAAAUGAGAUGCUGCCAGCUCCUGUGCCCGAGAUACAAAGGACCAACCUUGGCAAUGUGGUGUUGCUGCUCAAGUCUCUUAAAAUAGAGAACUUGCUAGAUUUUGAUUUCAUGGAUCCACCACCACAGGAAAAUAUCCUUAAUUCUAUGUACCAGCUAUGGGUCCUGGGUGCGCUUAAUAAUGUUGGGGGCUUGACUGACAUUGGAUGGAAAAUGGUGGAGUUCCCAUUGGAUCCGCCGCUUGCCAAGAUGCUUUUGAUGGGUGAACAGCUAGAAUGCUUAGAUGAGGUUUUGACCAUUGUUUCAAUGCUUUCAGUCCCAUCUGUAUUUUUUCGACCCAAGGAUAGGGCAGAGGAGAGUGAUGCAGCAAGGGAAAAAUUUUUUGUACCAGAAUCUGAUCACCUAACUUUGCUUAAUGUUUACCGGCAAUGGAAAGCUAAUCAGUAUCGAGGAGACUGGUGUAAUGACCACUUUUUGCAUGUAAAAGGGUUGAAGAAAGCCAGAGAGGUGAGGUCUCAGCUAUUAGAUAUUCUGAAGACGUUGAAAAUCCCACUAACGUCCUGUGGAUUUGAUUGGGACAUAGUGAGGAAAGCCAUUUGUUCUGCAUAUUUUCACAAUGCAGCAAGAUUAAAGGGCGUUGGAGAGUAUGUUAAUUGCAGGAAUGGAAUGCCAUGCCAUUUGCACCCCAGCAGUGCUCUUUAUGGGUUGGGUUAUACUCCUGAGUAUGUAGUUUAUCAUGAAUUGAUUUUGACAACAAAGGAGUACAUGCAGUGCGUGACGGCAGUGGAGCCACAGUGGCUGGCAGAACUAGGUCCCAUGUUCUUUUCAGUGAAAGAGUCGGAUACGACAUUGUUGGAGCAUAAGAGGAAACAAAAGGAGGAGAAAACGGCCAUGGAGGAGGAAAUGGAAAAUCUAAGGAAGAUGCAAGCGGAGGCAGAGGAAGAAAGCAAGGAGAAGGAGAGGCAGAAGAGAGCAAAGCAGCAGCAACAAGUUUCAAUGCCUGGUUUGCGAAAGGGUUCUUCUACUUAUCUAAGACCCAAGAAGUUCGGUUUGUAAAUGCGAAAUUAUCACUAGUUGAGACACCAACAAAACUCUCUGGUUAUUCUUGUUACCCAAAACCUGGAGAUGUUUGUAUUUUUAUACACGACGUGGCAAAAAUUAAAUUACAAUAGUUAUUGCUGUGUCUUAUGGACGCUUGUAUCAUUGUCUUCUUUUUGUUAUCAGAGGAAAUGUUCGUCA